GGAGCUGCAGCUUCCGUCGAAAGAAAUGUCUUCAGAGUUCGAUAAGUUUAACGAGUGCUUGAAGGCGUCCUUCUGGAAGAAUGUGAAAAACAACCGUGCCGAGCGGAAAGCGAACGGCACCGCAUUAAAAGUGGAGCCAAAACCCGAAACGAAAAAUGAAUCCGAACAGGGGAAGGAAACGGUGGUGGUACAGCAGCAGCAGCAGCUGCAGCUGCCUCAGCCCCAACCACAGCCACAAAUGCAGCAACAGCAGAUCCGACCCACGCCCGUAGUUUACAGUACAAAGUGUGAAUCGACGGUUAAUGCAUCGCUGCAGGAGCUGCUAGAGAAAGAUCCGAAAUGUGAUGAAUAUGAUGACUAUAUACCUCCCCCGGCCCCGAAAACGCCCCCCAUCGAGGACUAUGAUGACAUGAUGCCGCGACCCCAGACGCCCAUGGAAAUUCCCAACAUGGACGAUGUUGUGGAAAUUUCCGACUCUCCCGAACGGAGCGGGCGGCGAGCGGUGAUGGACAAAUCGUGCUCGAAAGAAAACAAAGCGGACGAGUUGCUGCAGGAAAAGCUGUGGCAAUAUUUUGGCCAUCGUGAUUUUAAAAGCCAGCUGCAAAAAGAAGCCAUCGAAACCAUCAUCGCAAGAACGCGAGAUGUAUAUGUUUCCAUGCCUACCGGAGCCGGGAAAUCGCUCUGUUUCCAGCUGCCAGGUGUAAUGCAGGACAACAAGGUAACGAUAGUAUUCUCCCCACUGCUAGCACUGAUCAAGGAUCAGCUAGACACACUAGCUCGUAUUAAGAUACCGGCCGAUUCGAUCAACUCCAAGAUGAGUACUCGGGACCGGGAACGGGUCAUCAAUGAUCUGAAGAGCGUCAAAACUGAUAUACGUUUUCUGUAUAUCACGCCCGAGCAAGCAAAUACUGCCACGUUCAAGGACAUUAUGCAGCAUCUGGUAAAGUUCCGGAAGGUUGCGUACGUGGUGGUGGACGAGGCGCACUGCGUGAGCGAAUGGGGCCACGACUUUCGGCCUGACUAUUUGAAGCUCGGCAAUCUGCGGGCGGAGUAUCCAUCCGUGCCGUGGAUCGCGCUAACGGCAACCGCUUCCAAGCACGUUGUGGAAGACAUUUUUCGUAAUCUGCGCCUGAAGGAACCGGUGGUCAAGUUCAAAACUCCCUGUUUCCGGCACAAUCUCUACUAUGACGUAGUAUUCAAAAACUCCAUCCAAGACGAUUUCCUGCAUUUGAAGGACUACAUCGAAAGCAUCCUUGGGAAGCAGGAUGAAGUUAAACCGAGCAAACGUGCUUGUGGUAUUAUAUACUGUCGGACACGCGAAAAUACCGAGCGUGUGGCAAUAAACCUUACCAAGCUCGGUUUACGUACCGUUCCCUACCAUGCGGGUUUGAAACAAUCCGAGCGCGACCAAGUCCAGGAAGACUGGAUGGAAGGGAAGUACGUUGCCAUUGCCGCUACCAUCAGCUUCGGUAUGGGCGUGGACAAAGGGUCGGUCCGGUUCGUUAUUCACUGGGACAACCCACAAAACGUGGCCGCGUACUACCAAGAAUCGGGCCGAGCUGGUCGCGAUGGCAAAAAGUCAUUCUGUCGCAUUUAUCACUGCCGCGAAGAGUGUAAAUCGAUCGAGUUUCUACUCCGGCAGGAUCUACAAAAGUGCAAAGACUCGCCCAAGGAGGAAAGUGCCAAGCAGGCUGUGAAAAAUUUCGAAAAAAUGGUUGAAUUUUGUGAAAGUGCCCGGUGCCGCCACCGGUUGUUUACCGACUACUUCGGGGACGAUCCGCCCGACUGUCGGAACAUGUGCGACGUGUGUACCAAUCCGAAAAAGGUGCAGAAAGCGAUCGACUACUUCCAGCAGCUCGCUUACACGGGCAAGCUGAAAACGAUGACGGCCUACGAUGAAGAUCCGUCCGAUAUGUAUGGCGGUGGUCGCAAGGGUUACGAGAACGAUUACUACGAUGGAUGCAGCAGUAGCUACAGUGAUGGACGCGAAAAGCGCAAACAGAGUGAAUCGGCUCUGCUGAUCCAGAAACAGUUUAUGCUCCGUAAGGCGGCCGCCGCCAAGGACAUGAGCAUGCAGCGAUCGGCCACGAUCGGACGGGUAAAGUUUGCCAUGCAAACGCCGGUCAAGGUGAGCGGACUGACGAUUGCCACGCGCGAAACAUACGUUACCUCGUUGGCGGAUUUGAUGAAGAAAAAUGUGGAACUAUGCAAAGGGAUAGACGAGCCGGACUACAGCCUAGUGUACAAAGACUUUGAAGAUAUUGCUGUCGAAAUGGAGUAUGAAUCGUUCACGAAAAGCACCGUCAAAAGUUUGUACCACCGAGCGAUUGUAAAGCAGGUAACGUCGCUAAAGUCGGCUAUCGCUGAGAAACUCUUGCAUCCCCGGGUAAAGGAGUACUGUCCGAAGCAUCGGGCCAGUAUGGGUGGCGAUUAUCGGACGAUCGAGGCUGAUCUGAAGCGCAAGUACGGUGAUAGCAUUGUGGAAGAGAUACGCUCGGAUGGGCACGACAAGAAGCACGACAAAAAUCACCAUCAUCAUCACCAUCACCGAACGGAGCGUAAUGGAGAUCGUAAGCGAAGCUCGAAAUUUGGCUCGAAAACAGGAUCCUCCCGGGACCGAGACGGUCUUAACCAGUCGUCGAUCAGUUCCUACUUUAGUGCGAAAAGCAGCGCACCAUCGUCGUCUACAGCGCCGCCACCACCAAGUAAUUCGGGCCUGAUGACGAUCGAAGACGGGGACAUGUGGGAUGACGAUCAGAUGAAGGAAGGUGGUCGAUCGAGCAAUUCGAAGCUGGUUCCACCGGAACCGACCACGCUGCCGUUGAUUCGUUCACCACAAUCACCACCCGGUUCGCCGAUAUCGCCAAGAUCUCCCAGAUCACCCAGAUCACCCAGAUCACCCAGAUCUCCCAGAUCACCCCGAUCGCCACGUUCGCCACGCUCGCCACGGUCACCAACGUCACCAAGAUCGCCUCGUUCACCGUCCGUCGAGUACGUUUCGAACGAUCAGUACCAGGAGGUGGCAAAAGGGCACGGCGAACGACACCGACGAUCGACAUCCCAUUCGCGAACGGCAUCAAAAGAUCGUACCUAUCGCGACCGGUCCCGGUCCGGUUCGAGAGGAUAUUCGAGUGAACGUUCGCGCAAUAAGCAGAAAUCGUCCUCCUCCUACAAACGUUCGCGUGAAAGUAGUCGAUCGUACUCGCGGGAACGAUCCUACUCCUACCGUUCGGGAAGUUCCCGGUCGAGGGAUUGGGAGGAGGACGAAGUUGCGAGGCGUCGCAAGCGUAAGUAUGAGGAGGAAGAGUACGAUCGAGAAUACGACCGUGUGCCGACAAAGUCGAGAGUUUACGAGGAUGAAUACGAAACCAACAACAAGCAGCAGCCGCAUCAUCAUCCCACCCGGAGGCCUCCAUCGCCCGAGGAGGAGUUUAGUUAUGCUGCUCCGAAGAAGCGAAUAUCGCACUACGCUGAAAACAGUGGUCCGGCUACAACCGUCGGAGGAGGAGGGUACGGUAAGGGGUCGGCUUAUGGUGGGUCCGCCGGUGGUGGUUCGUCUUCCGGGUACAACAGUUACGCGGGUGGGGCUGGUGGUGGAGGCGCCGGUUCCUCACAAAUGCUAAACAAUGAAGAUAUGUGGGAUGAUGAUCCGGAACCAUCGUCGUCGAACAGUAUGCGAUCGAAGGAUCAACCGCCGUCACCGCCCGCUUCACCUCCACCACCUUCCUCACCACCACCACCGUCUUCACCCCCUCCAAUGUCACCGUCACCGGAGCCGGAAUACAUGCGCACCACCACCAAGUACGUCCCUUCGUCGCCCCCCAAGCAUCAUCGGCCACCGUCACCCGCCUCACCACCACCACAAACACUCAUACAUCACGACCGGCGUACGUACGAUCACCGUUCACCGUACGACAGUGCGCUCGAUCCACGCUUGGCGGCCACACCGAAAAGUCCUCCCUACACCCAAAAACCGUCCGGUUCGGGUUCGGUAGGGUUUACGACGGCUGCCCAGCUGCACCUAGCGAACACGCUAGCAAACAAAGCAUCCUUACCAGUGAGUACGAUUCAGGCCGGUGUCGGUGGUGCUGGUGGCAGCACAAUGGCCGGUGGUACGAUUGGAUUAGGCGGCAAAGCAUCAUCCAUGAGCACAGUUACCACCACAAACAACGUGACGGUGGUGGUGGCGGCCGGUCCUUCUAGUGGUGGCACUUCCUCCAACAGUAACGCUCAACAGCUGAUGGCGAAUGCAUCGGGCCACACACCGGGCGGUGCACCAGAUUCGGCCGGAUCAACCCCUUCCGGUUCGCAGCUGGCCGAGAUGGAGAAAAAGAAGAAGAAUUUGGCCAGCUGCGUCAUACACUACCUGAUGCCGUACUACCGAGAUCAGAAGAUCGAAACGAAGGAACUGUUCAAAGGGCUGGCGAGAAAAAUUUCGCACAAAUUCUACGAAGCCGAUGUUACUGCGGAACGGAAGGUGAAGAAGUACAUCGACGAUAUGAUGGCCCACAAGGGCAUUAUCUCGAGCGAAGCCGAUUUUCCCAAAUAGAAACGACGCAAGGCGCGCUCGCGCGCAUACAAAUCACGGUCGUAUCGGCGACGUUCGCGCUGACACGC